AUGAAAAAAAUCCACACUGGUACGGAUCUUGAAUGUGGAAAGUUUUGCAAGUGUCUUUCCAGGCGAUUUAAGAGAGCCAUUUGCCAUGGAUCUUACAUUCCGAAAUUACCAGUAUCUGUUUUAGAAGUUGAACUAAGAAACUCUAACCGGACAGAUAUCGGGCGUUUUACCUUGGUUAAUCUUACAUUCCAUAGAGUGACUGAAUUUGUAUUGUCAGGAAACUCCAUACGUCACAUUAAUCAAGAAGCUUUCGUGAAUUUAACAUGGCUUUCAGUUUUAACAGUCAAUAACGAAACUUCCUUAGGUGUGGAGGGAUUGAAGAAAGCACUUACAAAACUGUCUUUAAAUUACACAAGAAAACUCCGGUUAACUAACAACAACUGGACGUAUCUUCCAACUGAUAUGUUUGAACCGUUCAUAAAUACAAAGAUUAAGGAAGUUUAUCUUACCGGGAAUCAAUUUUCCUAUAUCAAUGGAUCAUCAUUUAGAUUUUUACCUCUAUUAGAGAAGUUAGUCCUAGAAAACAAUAAACUCAUACAGAUACAUUUCUGGGAAAUGCUGGGUCUUAAGAAUUUAAGACUUAAUGGAAAUAGAUUAGCAAAAGUUCCAAAUUUCUGCAGUUUUGGGGACAGUUUAUUUCCGAGACUUGAGAGUUUGUCUCUGAGCGAUAAUAAUAUUGGAAUUAUUGAUAAAACUUCUUUUUUGUGUCUGCCAGCACUUAAGUUUUUAAAAAUGAUGGGCAUUUCAAUUGUUGAAUUAAAAAACAACAUAUUUUCUGGUCUUACAAAGCUUAAAGACGUAAGUUUAGGAAAGAUAAGUACAUUAAAACGGAUUGAAGAUUUUGCGUUUAACAAUACUUCUAUAAAAAGGAUUGUUAUGAAUAACUGUAACUUCCGUUUUGACCUAAUAGAAAGGUUCAACCCCGUCACAAUCUUCAAAUUCUGUCCAAAUGUGAAUCAUGUGAAUCUUGGACUCAAUCAUAUGCCAAAGAUUCCAAAUAUUCUUUAUGUUAUGUUCAAACCACUUGUUAAUCUGGAGUCACUGCUGCUGCAUUCAACCAGACUCCUUGAUUUACCAAGAAAUCUGCUUUCAAAUUUCAGAAAGUUACGUGAUUUGAAUCUCCAAGACAAUAGCUUACAUACCUUUGAUCACAGCAUAGGAAUAUUUGGUAAUAUCAUAUCCUUGAAAUCUCUAGAUCUCAGUUCUAAUUUGAUUUCAAUCAUAAAUAAGACAUUGCUAUCGUCAAGAUUACUAAAUUCAUUGGAACAAAUUAAUCUCGGAUUCAAUCCCUUUUCCUGUACAUGUGACCAAAAAUGGUUUUUGGAAUGGAUAAAGCAAACCAAAAUAAAAAUUGUCGGUUAUCCUAAAAAUUAUAAAUGUCGAUAUCCAAAUGAAUUAGCAGGACAACAUUUAAAAAAUUACACCCCUACUGAUGAUAUUUGCAAACCAUGGAAUCAGUUAUAUACUAUUGCGAUAGUGUUGCCCUUAUUUGGAGUAUCAGUACUAGUCAUAAUCAUUUUCAUUUGGAUAUGUCAGAAUAAUAUUAAGAAUACUGUUUACCUGCUCCGAGUCGUGUACAAUCACAGACAAGGCCUUGUUGCAUACGAUGAACGUUUAAACUACGAAUAUCAUGCAUUCGUUGUAUACUGUGAUGCAGAUAGAAAAUGGGUACACAACGUUUUUGUGCAGAGAAUGGAAAGUGAAGAAGGAAUAAAACUUUGCAUUCACCAAAGGGAUUUCGAUAUUGGAAAAAAUAUAACUGGAAAUAUUGACAAAUAUCUUGAGAAAAGUUGGAAAGUGGUUGUUGUGAUGUCGAAUGACUUCGCCAAAAGUGAAUGGUGUCAGUGGGAAGUUGAUAUAGUCCAGGAAAGACGACGACGUCAAGGAAAAGAUGCUUUCUUGUUAAUAAUGCUGAAGACAAUUGAUUCAAAGCACAUGACAAGUCCACUGCGUACGUUACUGGAGAGUACUCCUCAUGUAAGGUACCAAACAGGCGUAGGAGAAGAUCUGUUCUGGAGGGCCGCAGCAAAGUCUUUACAAAAACCACUUGGUCAUCCUCCUGUGUCAGUUUUGUGAUAACUGGUGAUUCUCAACAUUAUCACCAACAUGUGUCUGCUAAUUGUGUUAGCCAAAGGACCGACAUAUAGGAAAAGUCAGCCAAA